AUGCGUGUUGAAGUCUUCCUUCAGUCGGCUGCCAUUAAGAUUCUGCGGCAAAAACUUUCUCAAGCUUCCUUCUCUGCUGGUUUUCCUUUCCGCUUCAAAAUGGCUGAAGUGUUUCUUUCUUCUACUUUCUACCUGGUGUUACUUGCUGCUCUCGCCCUCUGCGCUCUCUUUGUACGACUGAUAGCAACAACAUCCGAACCAGAACCCAAGCCCGAUACGGAGACACCACCCAAACAGGGCAAAUCAACACCAACACCUGAAGUGAACAGAUUUAAAAGCAGAAAAUUAGGAGACAGCAACGCUGAUCAACAAAAAGACGUCUCCAAAAACCCACCCUCAAAGUUUGAAAACAAUCCGAAGCCUGAAAAAGGCAGUUCUGUAUGUUUGGCUGGGUCUAAAACCAAAAAACAACCCAAGACUUUGAUGCUUAAAGUACUUCAGUCAAAUACGGCCACCGUAUCUGAUACGGUACAUACUCAGUCCGCUCUAUUGCUGUUAACGACGUUUUUGUUAAAAGACAAAAAACACAUAGAAGCACAUUCAUCUGCAAAACUUGUACUAGAAAAACCUGAAAGAAGACACACCAGGAUACAAAAAGUGAACUAA